AUGGGUGACUUGCCCGGUGACCGCGUCCAACCAGGACGAGCMUUUUUAAAAUGCGGCAUAGACUUCGCUGGUCCAUUUUUAAUUAAAUCUAGUGCGUUGCGUAAAUCACCGAUUAUCAAAACAUACGCGUGUAUUUUUGUGUGUUUAGCAACCAAGGCCGUGCAUAUCGAGGCAGUUAGCGAUUUAAYGACGAAAGCAUUUUUGAACGCGUUAAACCGGUUUUUCGACCGUCGUGGUAAAAGCGCUGUUAURUAUAGUGRUAAUGMGACCAAUUUUGUAGGCGCUAAUAGAAAAUUAAAAGAAGUACAUCAAUUAUUUCAAUCGAAACUAUCGCAAGAAGACCUACAGCGGAAUUUUACGAAUAUYGKUGUAAAGUGGCUAUUCAUUCCCCCUCGUUCACCACACUUCGGCGGACUGUGGGAGGCUGCGGUCAAGUCUAUGAAAACGCUGUUAGGAAGGGUAUUAGGCGAAGCUCACCUAACAUUCGAAGAAUUAUGUACUGUAUUAACGCGCGCCGAAGCAUGCUUGAACUCACGUCCUUUAACCACCUUAUCGUCUGAUCCUUCCGAUCCUAGCCCCCUCACCACCGGGCACUUCCUUAUAGGAGACUCUCUCACCGCGUUGCCAGAAGAAAACAUAACCGAUACACCGAUUAAUCGACUAACACGAUGGCGUAGAGUUACUCAAUAMUCCCAACAAUUAUGGCGUCGUUGGAGUAGAGAGUAUUUGUGCCAGCUUCAGGAAAGGUCCAAAUGGUCUAAGGAGAAGGGUCCGAAGCUGAACGUAGGUACAGUAGUUCUAGUGAAGGAGGACAAUCUGCCUCCGUUACAGUGGAGUUUGGGAGUAAUCGACCACGUUUUUCGAGAAUCCGAUGGAAUCAUUCGGUCAGCAGAAGUUGUGUCGGCAGGCCGUAAGAUUAAAAGGGCGGUUCGGACAUUAUGUCCACUUCCUUUUGAGGGUAAUAUUGAAUAA